ACUCACUGAAGCAAGAAAGACGGUGGACAGAGCUCUUCAUGGCUAUUAUAAGGCAUAUCAUAAAUGUCUAUUGUCAGGUAUUAUUAGAAGCACAGAAAGAAUUGGUGGACUACAAAGGACUCGGUAUAAGUGUUCUUGAAAUGAGCCAUCGGACCUCAGAUUUCACAAAAAUUUUAAAUACAGCUGAAAAUCUCAUGCGUGAAUUGCUAAAUAUACCAGAAAACUACAAAGUUAUUUUCCUCCAAGGAGGUGGAUCUGGUCAGUUCAGUGCAGUCCCACUUAAUCUUAUCGGUUUAAAGGAGGGAAGACAUGCAGAUUAUGUGGUUACUGGAGCUUGGUCAGCAAAAGCAGCUAAAGAAGCAGAGAAGUAUGCCAAAGUGAAUAUCGUUCACCCAAAACUAGGAACCUAUACAAACAUUCCUGACCCAAGCACUUGGAAUCUUAAUCCAGAUGCAUCUUACGUCUAUUACUGUGCUAAUGAGACUGUUCAUGGUGUGGAGUUUGACUUUGUACCUGAUGUCAAAGGAGCAGUCUUGGUUUGUGAUAUGUCAUCAAACUUCCUGUCCAGACCUGUGGAUGUUUCCAAGUUUGGCGUGAUUUUUGCUGGUGCUCAGAAGAAUGUUGGCUGUGCUGGAGUUACUGUUGUAAUAGUGCGUGAGGACUUGCUGGGAUUUGCACUGAAAGAAUGCCCUGUAGUACUGGAUUACAAAACACAAGCAGUGAAUGGCUCUUUGUAUAACACUCCACCAUGCUACAGUAUUUAUAUCAUGGGAUUGGUACUGGAAUGGAUAAAGAAUAAUGGCGGAGCUGCAGCUAUGGAUAAACUUAGUUUAAUCAAAUCACGAAUGAUUUAUGAUAUUAUAGACAAAUCUAAUGGAUUCUAUGUAUGUCCAGUAGAGAAAAAGAACCGAAGCAGAAUGAAUGUCCCUUUCCGUAUUGGCAGUAUCAAGGGUGAUGAAGCACUGGAAAAGAAAUUUCUUGAGAAAGCUGUGGAACUUAACAUGAUAUCUCUGAAGGGGCAUCGAUCUGUGGGAGGAAUCCGUGCCUCUUUGUAUAAUGCAGUGACUGUAGAGGAUGUUCAGAAGCUUGCAACAUUCAUGAGAAGCUUCAUGCAGAUGCAUCAGUCAUAAAUGCCCAUGGGCUAGAGCCAUGCUGCACAUCUAUGAAAUAAAAGCUAAAGGGUUUGAAAGUUACUGUGGUACUGCACAGCUGUAGCACACAAGUUAUAUUUUCUUCUAGUUCCUGUAGCUAUUUUAGUUAACUGCAUGGGAUUGAGUCCCAGUCUUGCAAUGACUUGGCAGCCUUGGCUUCACUGAAGGUGAGGAUCCCCAGACUGAUCAAGAUUGGUUCCAACAUUUGCAAAACAGUAUUCUUAACGUGUAGUUAAAACAUGAGUAGUAUUGUAUAAUGCUAUGGAUCUGAGUCUUUCUUGCUUCUAGUCACAAAUAACUUCUUCAGCAAUGCCUUGUUUUCAGUAAACUUCAGGAGGCAAAAUUUGUCAUAAGUGUUCUGUAAUGCUUUAUAAAUACUCUGACUGCACAGUGAAGCCAGAAUUAACGUUAGGUGUUCUCUAAGGAUAUCUGAUUGGUUUAUCAGAUAUAUUCCAACAGUAUACCACCAGCAGUAUUUAGGAGUUAAUAGCCAUGUUCUUGACUUGAGGACCUUGCCUUCAGACUUAUGCUCCCAUGCUUGAAGUACUAUCAUAACAGUUCCAUGUAGUAAAAUCAUUUAACCAUUGUGGUUAAAGUCUCUGUAGGACUGGGCCUUUUUUUGUGUUAUCAUUUAUUGGUUUAAAGCUAAGAUGCAUGAGUCUGUAAUUAAAUCACUUUAUAAAAUGUUUAUUUCUCUAUGCAUUUUGUGUAUUAAGCUCUCUCUAAUUUUAUAUUCUUAUUUUGGACUGUGCAUAUUUGCUCCUGCCAAAAACUUUUUAAUUUGUUAACCUUGUGCCAAACUGGAUUGCUGUAUUCCACUCAAUGGAUCUGUGACUUUCUCUGCACUGCUUCCUAGCAGCAGACUUUCUUGUCUGGUGCUUCUUAAAUGUCUUCCCUCUCUAAUGCUC